AUGUAUCUGAUCAACGCUCUUGACAGUUUGUCAAAAGUUGGGAAAACAGGUCCCAACCUGCGACAAUCAGGCCAGGGCUGGGAUGACUUCGACUUCGAGGAGUCCGCGCCCAAAGCGGCCGAACCCAAGGCGAAGGCUGCAGUGGCAUCCGCUGACAGCGAAGGCCAGGGCUGGGAUGACUUCGACUUCGAGGAGUCCGCGCCCAAAGCGGCCGAACCCAAGGCGAAGGCUGCAGUGGCAUCUGCUGACAGCGAAGGCCAGGGCUGGGAUGACUUCGACUUCGAGGAGUCCGUGCCCAAAGCGGCCGAACCCAAGGCGAAGGCUGCAGUGGCAUCCGCUGACAGCGAAGGCCAGGGCUGGGAUGACUUCGACUUCGAGGAGUCUGUGCCCAAAGCGGCCGAACCCAAGGCGAAGGCUGCAGUGGCAUCUGCUGACAGCGAAGGCCAGGGCUGGGAUGACUUCGACUUCGAGGAGUCCGCGCCCAAAGCGGCCGAGCCCACAGUGACGGCGCCCAGGGCGAUCCAAGAGCCGGCCGAGAGCGGAGGCGCGGAUGGAUGGGAAGACAUGGACUUCGACAUGAAUGACACUAACACGACUGCUACAGCAAGCCGUGAUGAUUCAUCGAUGCAGGCGGUGUCCAUGUUCUCUACAGCCACGAGGCUAUUCGGCACUGCCACGAGCAUGGCUCAAGCAGCUCGUGCGGCAGCUGAGUCGACCUGGUCCUCCCAUGAAGAAGCACGGCCCAAGGAAGGUGUCGCACAAAUCAUCUCAUUUGCGGAUGGCGAUGCCGCAGGUGCAGCAUCAGCUGCAUCGCAGAAGCGCUUGGAAGAAGAGCUGGAGGUGCUGAAAGCUCGACUGACAGUGGCGCAAGAUCAGCUGAAGGCAGAGCGUGCUGCGCAUUCGCAAAGUGCCGCGAAGGCCCUUAGUGGCGAGGUGGCUGCACUCUCCGAGGCCCUCGUCCGCGAGAGACAGGAGUUCGAACGAGAGAAGGUCCAGCUUAGCAAGCACCUCCGCGAAGCGAAGGAAGACUUGCAGCAAGCUCCAGACGAGGGUAAUUUGAACCUCAGUGAGAUGAUGGAGCUCCGUCGGCAGCGCGAUCAGGCUCGCAGUGUCGCCCAGUGCAUUGCCAGGCAGGUGUCUGUCCUGGCGGAAGAGCUGGCUGUCGUGCGAAGUAGCAGGGAGGCUUUUUCCAGCGCGCUUCCCGAUGUUAGUGCUCCUGAGCCGGAACAGACGCUGCUCCAGAUGGAUGCAGCUGAAGGAAGACCGGUCAGCACUUCCAACGGGCCUAUGCCGGCAGGUGUGGGUGUAUCUCACAGGGAUCCAACCGAGGAGGGCGACGAAGGAAGUGCUCCACGCCCUCCAGUCGAGAUCACCUCCGGAUGGGACGUCUUCAAUCCUGACGAUCAGCUGGAGCACACCAUCCCUACGGGAAGAACAGAGCCUGCGGCAAACACCCAGGAUGGUUGGGGAGACUUCGAUUUUGACGACCUGAUGUCGGAAAGUGGUGCUUCUAAAAUGGAGGUGACACUUCGUGCCACGGAUGACGACGAACAGGAGCUACGGCGACACCGCGAGGCACUGCGCCGACAGCGUGCCGAACAGGACGAGGCCAAGCACAGGGAGCGCGAGCAGGCAAAGAUCCGGCGUCAGCGAGAAUGGGAUGAGCGGCAGCGCAGAAUAAAAGCGGAAAUUGAGCGAGACGAGCGGGAAGUGCUGAGUUCGCGGGAAGCCGACAGAGUGAAUCUCAAGCUGUGUCAGCGGGAGCUCAAGGCUGCAACGAAAAUCCAGGCUGUGGUUCGAGGUCGGCGCUCUCGAGCAGGCAAGCAUAUCGACUGUCCCGCAGCCCGGCCAGUUCUCCAUGCCGAACCCUUCAUCGCAAGGGCAGUGGAUCUGGAAUAA